UCGUCAGGUGAGCAGCUUUUGUAUGGAUGUAAUCGGUUUACCAAGUAUUUUUGCGAGUUGUUGUUACCUGCAUCGGGAUCGAGUCUCGUUUCCGUGACACGCAAAACUUCUGCAUCAUCAGUAUCCGCUCACGUAGCACGUGUUCCCUUGCACGCGAUGCUCAUGAUUUGUUCGUCCUUUUAUUAAGAAGAAGACACCGGGACCGAGAUGGCGCAGGAUAUCCCGGAGACGACGUACGUACCGGAAGUCGUGGAGGAUGCGAGAAAGGAACGAGAACGGCGAGCUGUUCAAGAGGGAACGGUCUCGUGGAGACGACGAAAGGAGGAGUUGCAACGUCAAAAGCACCGCGAACAACGUGAACUACAGCAAAUCUUGGAGAAUUAUUCGCCUUGGGGUAAACCAGGUGGUGGUGCUCCUUGUGCUGCUACCCUUAGGAAGAAAAAUGUUCCUCUAGAACCCCUGGAGCUAUCGAAGUGUCACAAUUUCGGUCAGGGCUGGACGAGCAAUUCGACGAUCGAAAGGUUACACAGGAGGAGUAUUAAUCCUUUGCCCGUCACGGAUAUGAACAAGUUCUUUGAUGAUAAGGCAGAACCAGGUAUCGCCACGGAUAUGCAACUGGUAGAGGAUUCGAAAAACCCGUACAACGAGGAAAUUCAAGUGUACGAAUUGACCGGGGGCGUGGAAUUGGUGCCGCUUUUGACUAGCAGACGUUAUUACUCGCAACCGCAAUGCAUUCGUCACGUUGUCACCGAUGCUACGCGUCCUGGAUACACGAUAGAGUCAUUGCGAGCUUUGGGAGUUGGGAAUCGCGAGUACAUCGCUGAACUCGCCGAGCAAAUGCGACGAAAACGGGAGAAGGCAUUGGAGGAACGACGGAUGGAGCAGGAAAGCUGUCGCAGACAUUUCGAUACCUGGAGAAAGUUGUGGGGCCGACCGGGUCACGGUGCUCCCAUAGAUCACGCCCACCGUAACAAUCUCUACAACAUUCUCUACCGUCCGGCUAUCUAUUGAAUUUCUACUUGCUGCCGCAGCGUGCAAAAUCAGGACUGCAUCUUCCACUUUCUUCUCGUGCGAUGGAACAACUGCGAAAUCUCUUUAUGUUACUGAAAGAAUUGCUACAGAACAAGCAGCUGGCUAUAAAAGAUAAUAGGUUCGCGAGUCUAAGAUAAGGCGAUAGAACAGCGGAGAUACAGGUUUCUUAGAAUAGACGUAGAAGGCAGCGGAAUACAGUGGAUUUGAGAUAAGCGAGGACGGAUAAGUGAUGGAUUGUUACGGAAUAGCCCAAGUCGUUUGUAAGAGUCGUAUCAGAAGGGGAACGAAUCGAAAACUGUCUAUAAUAGAUAAUAGGCGAUGAAACUUUGUAGCAAAAAGGACGGAGGUGACGGGCCCGAUACGAAAAGCAGGGUACACUGUGUAAUUAGUGGAUUUUGCUUAGGAAGUACGAUAUUCGUAGAGUUGGUUAAUAGGAUUUUAGCUUACAAGGA